AUGCCAAAGUGGCUAUUUUUUAACAAAGUUCGUCUAUUUCUAACGUUUGUUCUUUUCACCAUCGUCGUUCUGUAUUCGGGAGGCCCCGAGCUCUCUCUCUUUUUCCAUGGGGUGGAGUUACCAUCUAUAGAGGAACUGAUGGAGUCGACUCCACUCCUCUGGAAGCCGUGUGGAGGCGGAGCGUUUAUCAAUGGCAGCAAUGUAGUGGAUCGUGAGGGCAACGAAAGCCACAGAGAAAAGCUCCUGUCAGUUACUGCGAAGGACGCCGACGUUGAUGAUGUGCUGAAAGUGUUGCAUGCCCUGCAAGUCACCUGCCAGAGUCGCCCUCUCGUCGAGACAGAGGAGCUAGGGAAGACAUUUUCCAAGUUCCUGAUAGCCCUAAAGAACUAUACAGUGUUUCAUGCACUUGAAAGGAAGAAACCUUCAGCAAAGCGACUAUUGUGGGUGUGUGAUCAUGGAUGCGGAUGA